AUGAAUCAACUUGCAGUCGCACCAGCAGCAGCAGCACUGACGCUAUCCACAAUCCCAACAAUGAAAAAUUACGAGAAUCAGAAUGAAGAAGUUAACCACAACUUGAUUUUGAAACCUCACAAGCAUUUAAAUGUCACGUCAUUAGGCAAUGAAUUCCAUAUUCAUUCUCUUCUUUCUCAAUGUUCUUUUUAUCGGCGAAGAUUACAAACGCAUUUUAAGGCCGUAUUGUGUUUAUUGAUUGUUCUCUUUCUUAUCGCAGAUUUCUGUUCUGUUCUUCAUGUACCAAGAAUAGAGAAAUUCUACUUACACGCUCUGUUCGCAGUCUUCACAGCUAUGAUUUUCAUUCAAGCUGCGCAGAAAAAGCAAAAAGAAUAUUUUGCCCAUUACCGAGUACUUUAUAUGAGACAUGACAUGAUCUCUAGAAAAUCAACAGAAACAAAACCCGAGAGAAUUAAAAGAAAUGAAACACAUUUUUCUGCAACUUUAACAUCGAGAAGAAAACCACAUGUUGUAGUCAUGUUGUUCUUAUUCGAGAUAAGAAAGGCGCAGGGAGAAAUAAAAGUGAAAAAAGCAUAA